AAAUAACAGAAGGAAGAAAGGUAGCAUGAGCACGAACAGUGGAGGCGUAUAUUUGCAGGAUUUAGAGACGCAGCAGAAUCCGGAAGGAAUUACACGAUUCUCCAAAGACCAAGCAGCUUAUUACGCGGAAAAGGAACAGGAAGAGCGUAUACGAGCAUUAAAAGUUCCCUAUGAGGAUGCGCGUGUGCGUGAGCUCUUGCGUGGAUUCGGAGAACCGGUAACGUACUUUGCGGAAAAUGCAGCAUCAAGACGAGAACGAUUGUUGCAAUGGAUGCUACAGCGUUCCUAUGAGGGCCAGGGAGAUAUCCUCAUGUCUACCGUUCAAGGAGACGAGGAAGAUGAAGACGAGGAGCAUGAAACCUAUUCGGAAGGCAGUCAGGAAUUAUUAGAAGCUAGACGAAAAAUGGCGCUGUACUCUCUUGAGAAGGCUAAGUCACGUUUGGAUAAAGAACGAAAAGAUUUUGAAGUUCCUGUGUCAGAAGUAAUUCUUUCCGCUCGCUCUGCCGGUGAUCAUUAUCGCAAAGUAGAUGCCAUGGGUUCGCAAGUGGGUGGAGAAAGGCCUAUGUCUAUCAUUCGUUUCUGUCAAGAUGGUGACACGUUUGCUACUGGUAGCUGGAGUGGACAAGUGAAGGUUUGGGAUACCAAAGAUCUCUCUCAGGUUCGUUUAUAUCGAGGCCAUACUGACAAGGUCUCGGGAUUAGACUGGCACCCUGACUGUACAACAUGGGAUGAAACCUCAGAAAAAAUUUGCUUGGCCACAGGAGCGGCCGAUAAUUCAGUUUGUUUGUGGAACGGAAAACAAUCUACACCAGUUUCACGAUUAGAUGGGCAUUUGGCUCGUGUGCUUCGAGUAGCUUUUCAUCCAAGCGGUGAUUAUUUGGCUUCUAGUUCUUUUGAUACAACAUGGCGACUGUGGGAUGUUGCAACAGAGACCGAGUUACUCAUGCAGGAGGGACAUGCGGAAGGCAUAUUUUGCGUUGCCUGGCAGCCUGAUGGAUCCUUGCUCAGUUCAGGUGGAAUGGACGCCAUUGGGCGUGUAUGGGAUGUUCGAUCUGGAAAGUCAAUCAUGGUUUUAGAUGAACAUAUCCGUCAUAUUGUUUCCAUGGAUUGGUCGCCGAAUGGAUAUCAACUGGCUACGGCUUCAGCAGAUGAUUCUGUUAAAAUAUGGGACCUUCGUAAAGUUUCGCUUUCUCAGACAAUUCCGGCCCAUUCCUCCCUCGUAUCUGAUGUUCGUUAUGUACAGUCGGAUAAUGCGGUGCUUUUGCUAUCCAGUGGAUAUGAUGGGUGUGUGAAAAUUUGGAAUUCAACUACAGGAGCUCUCAUAAAAAAUUUAGUAGGCCAUGAAGAAAAGGUCAUGAGCGUGGACGGUCAUGGCGACAAGUUGUUGUCGUCUGGAUUUGAUCGAACCAUCAAAGUUUGGCACCCUUGAGAUAUCUCUAAAACAUAAGUAUGUCGCCGAAAACUGUAUGUACAUGUUCGUUUAUUCACUCUUUUCUGUCAGGUUAAGCGUUCUUUUUGUUUUCUUUGGAAUGGAAUGGAAUAGAUCAUUGUUAUGAAUUGUAAUGUAUAUAGUAUAAAUGAAACCCGCUUACUUUUCUCUAUGAAGUCAGCAAUCCUACUACAAAGUCAAUCAAUACGUUUACAGAUCUGCGUACAGACAAUAUCGAAGAAGCAUCAUUUGGCA